CGCAGGCUUGGCUCUGCAGCCCACUGUUCCCGGAAGCUGAGGCCCAUUGGAUCGCUAGCAUAGCGCAGUACUUAGCCGAGAUCACACUACCCUAUUCACGCUUUGUGCUCGUGCCUAGGGGGCAAUGGCGACUUGUGUUCUCCUGCACACUGGGCAGAAGAUGCCCCUGAUUGGACUGGGCACCUGGAAGAGCGAGCCUGGCCAGGUACAAGCAGCUAUUAAGUAUGCUCUGAGUGUAGGCUACCGCCACAUUGACUGUGCUGCUGUCUACGGCAAUGAGACCGAGAUCGGGGAGGCCCUGAAGGAGAAUGUGGGACCUGGCAAGGCAGUACCUCGGGAGGAGCUGUUUGUGACUUCCAAGCUGUGGAACACUAAGCACCACCCCGAGGAUGUGGAGCCUGCCCUCCGGAAGACACUGGCUGACCUCCAGCUGGAGUAUUUGGACCUCUACCUGAUGCACUGGCCUUUUGCCUUUGAGCAGGGAGACAACCCCUUCCCUAAGAAUGCUGAUGGGACCGUCCGCUAUGACUCCACCCACUACAAGGAGACCUGGAAGGCUAUGGAGACACUGGUGGCUAAGGGGUUAGUGCGGGCGCUGGGCCUGUCCAACUUCAACAGUCGGCAGAUUGAUGAUGUGCUCAGUGUGGCCUCUGUGCGCCCAGCUGUCCUGCAGGUGGAAUGCCACCCAUACCUGGCUCAGAACGAGCUGAUUGCCCACUGCCAAGCACGCGGCCUGGAGGUGACUGCUUAUAGCCCUCUGGGCUCCUCUGAUCGCGCUUGGCGUGAUCCUAAUGAGCCUGUCCUGCUUGAGGAGCCAGUGGUCCUGGCAUUGGCUGAAAAGUAUGGCCGGUCUCCAGCUCAGAUCUUGCUCAGAUGGCAGGUCCAGCGGAAAGUGAUCUGCAUCCCCAAGAGUGUCACACCUUCCCGUAUCCUUCAGAACAUCCAGGUGUUUGACUUCACCUUUAGCCCAGAAGAGAUGAAGCAGCUAGAUGCCCUGAAUAAAAAUUGGCGAUACAUUGUGCCCAUGCUUAUGGUGGACGGGAAGAGGGUCCCGAGAGAUGCAGGGCAUCCUCUGUACCCCUUUAAUGACCCAUACUGAGACCACAGCUUCCUGGCUUCCUUUCCAGCCCUCUAGCUAUGAGGUCCUGCCACCCUCAGAAAGAGGGAAUUAAUAAAGCCACUGGAGCAUCCACA